UACUCGCUGAACGAUAAACACACCAACGCAGAACUCUGCUUUGAAGCUACGACGUCCACAAAUGGUCACUAGCCUUCAUUGCCUUACUAAUACCCUCUAAUAUACAACAGAAUUGCUGAAUACAACAUGGACAUACGAAGGGAAUCUUUCUUCUAAAUUAGUAGGAUAGACUGCGUUAUACUAGGCCUACUUUUUUAGCCCUAUUCUAAUGUCUUUUAUCUAAUCUCUCUACAUGCAUUUAUUUUAUUAAGUAUUGAUUUUCUAUCUUAAAGGAAAUAGACAUAACGGCGGCAAACAUCAUUAUUUACAUGUAAGUUGACAAACUGGAUUGGUUUUUUUGUAAGAAUCCUAAAGAACUAGUUAAUCAAGUUGGACAGAAAAUGGGUUAAAUGCUAUACACUUUGCACUGCCAUUAGUCAGCCUUAAGUCUAAAGUCUAAAGCUAUUAAAUUAGAUCGGCAGGAGCAAGGACUACAAAUCUAAACAAUUUUUUAAAAGAUAGAAAGUGAUCAAAUAUAGAUUACUGAGGUGGUGUGCUGAAUAACUUUUUUUGAAGUGGAUCUACUCUGAGAGGAGAGCCGAGCAUAACUUCAGUCAUGUUAUACAUUAGAAAAGUUGGUCCCUUUGUGGUACACAGGAGACAGAAAGAAAAAAAAAAAUUUAAAUUUGUUUUCAUGGUGGCUGGCCUCGUAAUAUCCAUAAGCCUUUUCCUUAAACUCCUGCAGAUGAGUCCUGAAUUAACAGUAUCAAAAUUAGUGGAAAGGUCUUUGGAGGGAGCAGUUGAUCAGUUGAAACCUGAUGAUCACAAUGAUGAUGGUCCUAAAACCAAAUGUGGCCUCUCAAAACCAUGUCCUGGAGACGAUUUUGCCUUUAAGCUUUACAGCGGCGCAACAAACAUUGUUGGACCACAAAUAUGCUUUGAUGGAAAAAUGAUAAUACAGAAAGACACACGAGGCAAUUGGCUGGGAAUUAAUAUUGCUGUCAUCAAUGAAGAUACAGGUGAACACGUCAGAACUGGCAGCUUCAAUAUGUGGAACGGAAAGGUUGAGGAGUUGAUAGAGUUUCUGAAGUCAAUCGAGGAUGGUUCUUUUGUGCUGAUAGCCACUUUUGAUGAUCCAGCCACAAAACUUAAUGGUGAAGCAAGGGCACUUAUUGCACAGCUUGGCAGUUCAUAUAUUUCCCAAAUCAAAUUCAGAGAUAACUGGCUCUUUGUGGGAGGGAAGAAAACCAUAAACCAAGUUACUUAUGAGGAGCACAUGAAGAAUGACAGGGAAACUAAUAAGUAUGAAAGCUGGCCAGAAAUGAUAGAGAUGGAAGGUUGCAUACCAAGAUUAGACUAAUUUUAUUUUCUGCAGCACAAUUUGUUCUGCUUAAGUACAGUUACCAAGCAUUGGAAGCUAUUCAAUAAUACAACAAGCUGAGCCACAAUAAAAUAAAAAACACAAUAAAAUGUUAUCAUGGACUUUAUAAUAAAAUAUAAUCUAGUUGAUGUAAUCAUUUUUUUGUUGGGUUUUAAGGUAAUAUAUAUUUUAAAUAUCAUUGUAAAUUGAAUAAUUAUAGUAAACGUUUAUAUUGUGGUAUUUAUAUGGUUUAUUUGUGAUGUUACUGUAUGUUGCAUUGUUUUUGUUUGUCUGUAUCCUAUAUAAAACAUUACUACUGUGUUCAA